AUGGCUACGCUUUUUGCGUCGAACACGGAUCAGAAAGAAGCCUUAUACCUUGAGAAAAGUUCGCCUGUUCCGAACGGCACACAAUCUUCAUGGUAUAGACUCAGAUCAUCUGCGGAGACACAGGUUGAGGGUAAAGUGGAUCACGCAAGAAGACAAAUACAUCCCACAAUCUCUCAUGAUGUGAAGGUCCGUGGCCGGCCGUAG